AAACUUAUUUAUUUGAAGCGCACCUCAGGUUUGGUCGCCAGUCGUAAGUCAUCCGCUGAUCAGAUCGUCAUCUUAAGUGUGACUAUUGUGGUCCUAUUGAUUGGCCAGGCGGUUGCCCAAAAGCCUAAGAAUAAUAGACGGCGUAACCGUAAUAAAAAGGACCAGUGUCACCUCAGGGAAGCCGAGGCAUGUAUGAACAAAAUGCAAAGUCUGAGCAAAGGCAAGGACCCGACGGCCCUCAUCGCCACCUCUCAAGGGCUCGACAAGAUCUGCAAGACUAUCCGAGACGAGACAUUGAAGUGCAUUAAAACCUUCGCCAAAAAGUGCGGAACUCCUCUUCAUAGAGAAGUCUUAGAUCUGGUUUUAGAUCAAAUCACCGGACGAUUGAACAACUUCUGUAAGGCUGACAAUCCCGACAGACUAGAUUUCCUGAAGGAGAGCCCCUGUAUCCACAAGAAGGUCACCUCAUCGGAGGUCUAUAAGAAGACCUGUAAUAACAACUUCUUGGCGUCAGUCGACCAAAUCGACGACACAGUGACGGACAAAGCGGAUGACAGCCACGCGCGCACGUGUUGUGGUUACGCCACUUGGUUUGAGUGCACCAACAAAUUGAUUAAAGAG